UCAUUGUGUUUUUCUGUCUUUCACACACAGAGGUUCGAAACAAAAAAUAACGCGCAGUCGGGAAUCAUGUCUUCUGGUGGGAUCGACACGAAUUGCAUGACGCUGACGAGAUACACGUUGGCAGAACAGACCAAGGUGCCUGGGGCAACUGGGGAUCUCACCCAGCUUCUGGUCUCCAUUCAGACUGCCGUCAAGGCCAUCAGUUCCGCUGUCAGGAAGGCUGGUAUUUCACAACUGUUUGGAGUAGCUGGAGACAUCAAUGUACAAGGUGAAGAAGUGAAGAAGCUGGAUGUUUUGUCCAAUGAGCUCUUUAUCAACCUGCUGAGAUCAUCGUACACAACGUGUCUCUUGGUGUCAGAAGAAAAUGAGACUGUGAUUGAAGUUGAAACUGAGAGACAAGGAAAGUACAUUGUCAUGUUCGACCCACUGGAUGGUUCUUCCAACAUUGACUGUCUUGUCUCCAUUGGGUCCAUUUUUGGAAUCUGGAGGAGGUCCCCAGAUGCUGAAGGGCCACCUGUUGUCCAGGAAGCUCUGCAACCCGGGAGGCAGAUGGUGGCUGCAGGUUAUGCCCUGUACGGCUCUGCCACCAUGAUGGUGGUGUCUGCUGGAGGAUCUGUCAAUGGCUUCAUGUUGGAUCCGGCAAUUGGAGAGUUUGUCCUUACCGAUCCUGACAUGAAGAUCAAACCCAGGGGAAAAUUAUACAGUCUCAAUGAAGGAUACGAGUCUUCCUGGGACCCAGCUGUUACGGAGUACGUCAAGAGCCGAAAGUACCCCAAGGAAGGAAAGCCGUAUGGGCAACGUUACAUAGGUUCAAUGGUGGCUGAUGUUCACCGAACAAUCAAAUAUGGAGGUGUUUUCAUGUACCCUGCCACAAAAGAUGCGCCCAAGGGCAAGGCAAUUGGAGAGUUUGUCCUUACCGAUCCUGACAUGAAGAUCAAACCCAGGGGAAAAUUAUACAGUCUCAAUGAAGGAUACGAGUCUUCCUGGGACCCAGCUGUUACGGAGUACGUCAAGAGCCGAAAGUACCCCAAGGAAGGAAAGCCGUAUGGGCAACGUUACAUAGGUUCAAUGGUGGCUGAUGUUCACCGAACAAUCAAAUAUGGAGGUGUUUUCAUGUACCCUGCCACAAAAGAUGCGCCCAAGGGCAAGCUGCGCCUGAUGUAUGAAUGCAAUCCCAUGAGCUUCUUGGUGGAGAAUGCAGGAGGCCUGGCCACAACUGGAGACAUGCCAGUUUUGGACCUUGUCCCAACGUCAAUCCACCAGCGGGCACCGAUUGUCUUGGGUUCCAAAGAAGACGUUGAAGAGUACAUUGAAAUUGCCAAGAAACACAAGCCUCAGUGAAGCUUGUGCAGGCCUCCAAUACACCCAUUCAUUCAUUCAUUCAUUGUCAUUUGAAUGGCGGGGAUCAUUCCAAAAGCAGCGCCGUUUGAACACUAACUACAUUGUCUUAUUAUUCUCUGAUGAACCUCACCUGUCUUACAUAUGGAAAGCAUGGAGCUCUGUGACAUCUGGUGCUUCUCUGGCUGUGGGUGUCUCGUGUAAUUUUGGUCUAAGAUGAGGUGUGCAAUAAAAUGAGCAUCUUGAUUUACAAGAUGUGCUUUGCAGGCUGA